GCAGUAUAUCAGCUCACUGCAGGCGUUGUUAGAGCCCUUUUCCUUCAAGAUGUCGGUGUUCGGGCCAGUGGUGAAAAUCCAUCCCGUGGUCCUCGCUUCGAUUAGUGACUCUUACGAGCGAAGAAAUGAGGGGGCGAGCCGGGUCAUCGGGACCCUUUUGGGCACCAUUGACAAACACUCUAUCGAGGUGACCAACUGCUUCUCCGUCCCUCACAACGAGUCUGAGGAUGAGGUCGCUGUGGACAUGGAGUUUGCUAAGAACAUGUAUGAGCUUCACAAGAGGGUUUCACCCACCGAGGUCAUCAUCGGAUGGUAUGCCACAGGCUUUGAUAUCACUGAACACUCCGUGCUUAUCCACGAGUACUACAGCCGCGAGGCCUCCAACCCCAUCCACCUGACUGUGGACACGGCGCUGCAAAGCGGCAAAAUGAACAUCCGCGCCUACGUCAGUGCCCAGAUGGGUGUGCCGGGAAAGACGGUUGGUGUUAUGUUCACCCCACUGACAGUCAAGUACAUCUACUAUGACACUGAGAGAAUAGGCGUGGAUCUUCUACAGAGAACUCGUGUGACUCCCAGUCGUACCAAGGGGCUGACCUCUGACCUGUCCCAAGUGGGGAGUGCUGCAUCCAGGGUACAGGAUAUGCUGACCACAGUGCUGGCGUACAUUGAGGAUGUGCUGUCUGGAAAGGUGACGGCGGAUAACAGCGUGGGUCGCUUUUUAAUGGACCUGGUCAACAAAGUGCCAACCAUCUCGGCCGAAGACUUUGAGAACAUGCUCAAUUCUAACAUCAACGACCUGUUGAUGGUGACCUACCUGUCUAACCUGACCCAGGCACAGAUUGCUCUAAAUGAGAAGCUCGUGCUGGUCUGAGGAGAUUUUUUUCAAGUCAUAUUUAAUUUUUGAUUUUGUUUUUUUCCCUUUCUUUUGGCUGAAAUGAAUAAAGUUUUUCAACAGUCAUA